AUGAACGCCCACGCACUCCUCACCUCCCAAGGAUGGCGCGGGACAGGUAAUUCCCUUCAUCCAACAAACAAUUCCAUCGGCCUCUCGAAACCCCUCCUCGUAUCCCAAAAACAAAACAAUCUCGGAUUGGGCAAGAAGCAACAUAAAACGAGCGAUAUGUGGUGGAUGAAUGCAUUCGAUAGCUCGUUGAAAGGAUUGGAUACUUCGAAACAGGGACAGGUGGUGCAGACCGUGUCGAGUGGUGGGUUGGAUAUGGUUGCGAAGGGAGGUGCGAAGUGGGUUGGGAGUAAGGGCGGGUUGUAUGCGAGCUUUGUGCGGGGAGAGUGUUUGAGUGGGACGAUUACACCUGAGAGUAACGAGGGGAGUGAAGAGCCGCCGAGGAAGAAGAGGAGGAGAGGUAAAAAUGAAAAGGAGAGUAAGGAGGAGAGAAGGGCGAGGAAGGCUGCGAAGAGA